UCGGUCGGCACGUGGUAGCUAGCGUGGACGACGGCAAAGCACCUUACUAAGCGGCCAGUCCGACUCAUCUGCUUCCAAACAGUCGACCAAUUACGUCGUCUCGACAAAAAAAAACUAAAAAAAAAUGUGAAAGGGUCUUCUAUAACAAUAAGUGUUCAGUAACGUGUUAAAAUAAUAUAUUUACAAUAUUAUCAGCUUGUGUUUGUGGGAAAUCCGAAGAAUCUGUUUACAUUUCGUACCCUCAAUAAAGGCGUUAUAAUUUAAGCUUUGAGCAAAUAGCAUCUGUACAAUUGACGAUAACAUAAGAUUUAUAAAACCGCUACUUCGGGGAGAGAGGUAGGACUGUGAGAAUGGAUGUGAAGGGCAAAAUUGUUGAGUGCGAGGAAGUGGACUAUGAGUACGUGCCCCCUGAAGGAGGAUGGGGGUACAUGGUGUGCAUCGGCCUGUCUGUUAUAUUCAUCGCCGGCACAGCUCACCAGCCAGUAUUCGGUUUUAUAUACAACGACUUUUUGGACGAACUAGGAGUCGGCACGGCAGCAGUUACAGUUGUUUUUGGGGUGUUUCAAGUCACGUUAGCUGUUGCAGGAUUUUCAGCAAACAUAGCUUUAAAGAAACUAUCUUUGAGACAAGUUGGUUUAAUAGGAGCCGGUAUUUAUACGCUAGCGUCAUUCCUAGCCAUUUUCGUAGUAUCUACGACACAGCUGAUCAUAACAAAUGGCUUCCUACAUGGCUUGGGAAUGGGCCUCCUCAUACCUGUCUCCUACACAAGUUUCAAUAGCUAUUUUACAAAGAAAAAAGUGCUCUAUCUAAGUCUUUGUAAGGCUUCAAUUGGAAUGAUAACGAUGUUCUACCCGUUGUUUAUCAAGUUUACGAUGUCGGAGUAUGGGUUUAGAGGGACUCUCGCUAUUCUUUGUGGGAUAUCAGCGCAUAGUAUAUUUGGGGCGGCAGUGAUGCAUCCUGUGAAGUGGCACAUGGUGAAGCAACCGAAGCCCUGCGAAAAAAUUGUUUUAAUACCACCGACACCCGCCAAAGAAGACAACAAAGAUAAUAAGUUCGAUUUCACGAAGACCUUGCCGCGAAUCGAUUCAUCAGAAAAUGCGAGAUCUGUCGAGAAUCUGUAUCGAAUCAAUCGAUUGGAAAAUCCUCAGAAAGGAGCCGAAUUACUAUUUGUGUCGAAAUUAAGCGAUUCCAGACGAUUAAGCAUACCAGUUGUCUUGAUCCCAGCAGAUGGAAGAAUCGAUAGUAGUUUCGAUACGAGUGACCAUGUGUAUCGGGAGAAUUUAUUCAAAGCUGCGUCGGUAUCGAGUUUGGGCAAUUUUGGGAAUAUUGCUGCGGAGCCCAUGCCAAUAAUAAAGAAUAAGGAAGGGAAAUGGCAAACAAUAUCGGAAUUCCUCGACUUAUCUCUCCUAAAAGAUUUGGUCUACGUUAAUAUUAUAUUUGGCCUGGCAUUAACCUUCUUCUCCGACCUCACAUUUUUUACUCUGGAGCCAUUAUUUUUGGACAAAAAACAUCUAAGCAAGGCUGAAAUAGCGACAAUAAUAGCGGUUGGGGGAGCGACAGAUAUGUCGGCGCGUCUGUUUCUGGGCGUGGCCGGACAAUUCUUCAGAAUGAAUAGCCGAUAUAUGUUCUUCUGUGGAGCCUUGUUUACAGCCAUAUUUAGAUUUGUAUUCAUCCAGUUCACAACCUACGUACCGCUUCUGAUCCUGACUGGAGUGCUUGGUUCCUUGAGGUCUCUAGUCCAUAUCGCACAGCCAAUAGUAUUAGCAGAGUACGUGCCUAUUGAGAGGUAUCCACCAGCCUAUGGACUCUAUAUGCUGCUUGCUGGAGCUAUCAGUUUGAGUGUUGGGCCUAUGAUUGGUUUCGUCCGAGACUACACAGGCAGCUACGCGAUAGCUUUCAACAUGUUGACAGUCUGCAAUCUGCUAUGCGUACUACCAUGGGCCAUUGAAGGAGUAGUGAAAUAUAGAAAAAAUAAGAACACUGCCAAUAAUCCUCCAAAGACGUAAAAUAUAAUUUAGCAUAAUUCUGAGGAAUAAGUAUUUUUUUUUAUAAAAGAAUUUGAUACUCUAUUUAGACUUGCAAUUAUUUUCGUUUUGUGUGUAUGAAUUUCUUAGAUGUACAAUGGACGAAAUAUUCGGUGCAGUGCAGAAUUUAAUUCGUGUUAAAAUGAAAGUAAUUUCAAUAUACAAAAGCUUUUUGCUACUUAAAACUUUUAAGUAGCUUAGACAUGUGUACAUAUUUGCACCAACUUAAAAAAAAUUAAAAUAAUUUAUAAUUUAAAUAAAUGGUUGCACUUCUUAUUAUUGUUGAAUGAAUUUAAAAUAAUGCAAUUAGUUGAAACCUUGCAUAAUGGAGAAAAUUUGAAUCGUAAAUUGUCAAUUGUGUCGGAUUUUUAUUUUAUAACUCAACAUAAUUACGUUUAGUCAUAAUAUGCGAUGAAAUGCCGAAUAAUUAAUUUAAGUUUAUUUUUAAUUAUGUCUUAAUUAGGCUCAAAGAAAAUGAAAUUGUAUAUAUUUUUGGACACUGCCGUUAUUAAUAGAUAUAUUUUAAGGUUAACUUUAGUCCAGACCUGUAGAUAUACAGUGUAUUGUUUAACUAAAAAAUAUGCCAUAUCUUGCCGUAGUUAGUAAAAGACUAUUAAUAUGUAUACUUUGUAUAGAAUAAGAGAAAGAAAUAGUCUUCGUUUUGCUAGUGUAUUAUUAGCUUAAAUUAUAAAAAGAAAUAUUAUUAAAGGUAGAAUUACUUAUAAUUAUUAUUUUUAUAUAAAUAA